ACAGGUAGAAAAAGAACAGUGCGAGGCGUUCCCCGCCAUGCAGGACACAACAACAGGUUAUAUUCUCAUUUGUUUUCCUGUUUUCAAACGUUUCGGCUGCGUGCAAUCACUGCCUCUGUGUGAUAACAUUUCUCUCCUGCGACUGCGCUUAUUUCUUAUCACCGUUCUGUUGGGAUACAAAAACCCCGAUGUAUCAUCAUCUCAUCCUACAAAGAUACAUCUCUAGGUGAUAUCUCUAGAGUGGAAUAAUUCGAAUUAUUUUUUUCCGCACCUGGACGCUUUAUCUUUUCAUCCGAAAGAAUAUUCGCUCGUGCUUCGUGAAAAAGUUGUUCUGACUUCUCCUUCUUCGCUUUGUGUGUUCUUUUUGAAGUUUGAAAAAAGAAAACGAUUUUUUUUUUCAACUUUGAAGUUGUUGGAUGGCAUGUGUUUUUUUUUAAAGUUUGACCAAACGAAGAUUUGUUUCAUUUCUUGUGCUUAAUUGAAUUUUCGUAUUCUGAAAAUUGUGUGAAAAUCGGUUUCGGGGAUACAACAGAAAAUGUUGUUGAGCUGAUAGAGAGUUUAAGAACGAACCUUUUUUCAUUGAAAAGCAAUGGAAAUUAUAUCCAUGACGAAUCCCUUCACUACGAGCAACAUGAAGAACAAGUGGUGCAAACUUUGGAAUAAGAAAUCUGUGACUAUCACCGAAUACGACCCCAUCUAUAAAGUGACUUAUUUGGGGAACGUGAUUACUCAGUGGGCCAAAGGGGACGGCUGCACGGACAAACCACUGGCCACCCUCUGGAAAAACUAUUGUGCCAACGUCAAACACGACAUUACCAUGAAGAUUACGGUUAGCAAUUCCGGACUCAAAGCUACCACGAAAGAACACGGAUUGACUGAAUACUGGUCAAAUAGAAUAACCUACUGCGCGGCCCCUCCUCACUACCCUAAAGUCUUCUGCUGGGUGUACAGGCACGAGGGCCGCCGCAUGAAACAGGAGCUCAGGUGCCACGCUGUUCUAUGUGAUAAAGACGACCGGGCCAAGUUAAUGGCCGCACAGUUGAAUGAGAGGCUGACGCAGGCCCUACAGGAGUUCCGGCGGGAGAAAUUCAGCCGGCAGAAAGCGAGGCUGUCCCUCGCUAACUCCUGCUACGACAAUCCCACACUUCCCCGCCGGAAGUUGCUCCUGAGCACAGGCUCCACCAACUUCAGACCUCCGUUGGAACGUUCGAAGAGUGCCCCCAAACUGACUGCCAUCGACGAAAUCGAAGAGGAAGAAGAAGAAGACAUCAUUCCGUACGACGACGAUUUCGAUGAUGAGUUGUUCCUGAGCGGUUCCCUCACUUCCGAGAUCGAAUCGAAUUCUGACAUAGUGCCAGACGAUGUGGAUUCUCUUUCGGAUCAUUAUCUAUCGAACAGUCAGGAAUCGGACUUUUUCGAUUCGAACUGUUGUGUGGAUGAUAUGCCCAAUCCGAGACAUCGGAGGACUCAGUUUUUAAAAAUGAUCGGGGAGACUGUUGACGAGGAAGACAAUGUCUCUGACGAGUCAGGUUAUUCGGAGGAGAAGCUCUCGUUUAAAGAGGACAGUCUGGCCUCUUAUAAAAUGUGAUCCAACUUUCAUUCCAAAUGUAGAACAACAGCUGAGGUAAAAAUGGUAGAAACAAAAUAAUUAUUUACAAAAAUAACUUGAUGUUGUAAAAAUAUUUCUAUCAAAAAAAAAAAUUUAAACUUAUUAAAUUAUAUUUUUAAAGGUAACACUAUUAUUUUUGCAUAACAUAUUUUAGUGAAUUAUCUGUGUGCAAUGAAUAGACCAGGGUGCGUAGUGUUUUUGAAAAGUGAUUAUAGGUGCUUAUUUUUGAUUUACGUUUUUAAAAGCCCUUAAAGGUGCUUUUUUUUUUAUUCGGAGUUUGUAAAAAGUGCUUAAUUUUCUAUUUUUUAAAAAUAGAUUUU